AUGGACCCUUUAAGUCUAUCGGCCAGUUUGAUAGCCGUCCUUCAAAUAACCGGAUCCGUGAUAUCUUUCUGCUACGAUUAUCGUCAAGGUGUCAAACAUGCUUCGAAGGAAAUCGUGCAGAUUUCAGAUGAAUUGAAUAGUUUGAGAGAUAUUUUGGAUUCGUUGCUUAAACUUGCUGAGAAGGCUGAAUCAAAUGGCUACUCCCAACUAUCGACAUUUGAAUUGUUGUUGAAGGAUGAUGGACCGCUUUUCGUGUGUAAAAACGAGUUGGAGAAGUUGAAGGGACAACUGGAGAAAGGAAGGGUGGGUGGGAGUGAAGGAUGGAGGGCAAUUAGGGAGAGAUUGGUUUGGCCGUUGAAAGAGGGUGAGGCGAGGAAGACUUUGGUGGUGCUGGAGAGGUUGAAGAGUACGUUGGCUUUGGGGCUGAGUGCUGAUCAGACGAAUUUGACCUUGAAUCUUACGAAUAGGAUUGAAAAUCAAUUUGCAGAUCAAACAGCUCGGGAUAUUUAUCGAUGGCUCGCUGCACCAGACCCAUUUCCUACCCAUUCUGCAACAUUAAAGAAACAUCAACCAAAUACUGGAACAUGGUUCAUAACAAGCAAGCAAUACGAAGAUUGGUAUCUUGGUAGUGAUGCCUUUCUAUGGCUUUAUGGUAUUCCUGGUAGUGGGAAGACUGUACUAUGUUCUACGAUUGUAGAGCAUUUGAUGACUCAAGUUCAACAACACCCUAAGAUAGCACUCGCGUACUUCUAUUUCGACUUCAACGGAGAUUUGAAUGGCGCUCUCAAAUCUUUGAUUGCUCAACUCUCGGCACAAAGUAGUGAUAUUCCUCGGUCAUUGACAAAUCUUUACCAGGAGUUAAGCACGAAAACAUCGACAUCGCCAACUGAUGAUGCGCUUCUUGAAUGCUUUCGUGACAUUCUAUUGUCAUUCCAUCAUAUCUACAUAGUUUUUGAUGCACUAGAUGAGGCCGCCAGAAAUACAGAAGUCCUGUCAUUCAUUUCUACCAUAAAGGCAUGGAAAUAUCAAAGAUUGCGCUUGCUGGUUACUAGUAGACAAUUGACCGAGAUAGAAGAGGUCCUGUCUCCUUUGGUCAGUAAUCGAAUGUGUUUGCAAGAUAACAUGUCAGCAAGAAGUGACAUUAGAUAUUUCGUCUCCGAGAAAAUGGAGCACGAUAAAAUAAUGUCAAAGUGGCCGCAAGAUAUUCGAGACCAGAUUGAAUUCAAGUUGACUCAAGAGGGAGAUGGCAUGUUUCGAUGGGUAGUCUGCCAAUUAGAUAUGUUUCGAAAAUGCACCAGCGUGUCAGCGAUACGUAAAGCGAUGAAAACAUUACCCAAAAGUCUGGACGAGACUUAUGAGCGAAUAUUGCAGCAAAUUGAUGUUGACCAUCGAUCGGAAGUUUCGAAGAUUCUCCAGGCUCUCACAGUAGCUGCAAAGCCCUUGAAUGUUGAGGAGUUGGUGGAAAUUCUAGCCAUAGAUUUUGAUCGGGAUCUACCGUGCUUUGAUGAAGAUUCUCGACUUCUCAACCCGGAAAUAGUUCUUUCUAUAUGCUCGUCUCUUGUCACCAAAUUUGAAUCAAGAUCAGGACAAGACGGAGAGUUUAAGAAUAGAUGGAAAAGAGACUCGAAAAGACAGGAACCUAUAUAUAGUUCACAUGGAGUGAAACUCGCACAUGCAUCUGUAGCAGAUUAUCUCACUCGCACAACAACCUCGCCGUUUCACUACACUCAAUGUACAGCGCGUCAAUUUAUGGCUCAAGCUUGUCUGGCAUAUCUACUCAAUCCUGAGUUUUCUCAAGGUCAUGACCGAGAAUUGCUCAAGAGUCGCUAUCGAAAAUAUCCCUUUCUUCGUCACCUCACUAUAAACUGGCCACGAUAUGUUAACAAAGAACCUGGCGAUCCCGAUGAUUAUCUUGCACCACGUACUCGGAAGCUCCUCCAUGCUUUCUUCGAGACUCAUAAUCUCGAGCAUGGUGGUAACUUCGCUUUCUGGCUUGGCAUGAUGAUGCCAUCUGCUCCUGGAAAGGAUUCAUAUAUGCUGAGAACACAUCCUCUCUACUACGUAGCGUCUUUUGGACUUGCAGAUAUUGUGCGCAUCAUAUUGGAUACGGAGACAGAUAUCGAUAUCGAUGCACUUGGGGGACGAGCAGAUGCGACUGCUUUACAUGUCGCCUGUUACAGAGAUCAUUAUAAAGUUGCAAAGCUCUUGCUCGAGAGAGGUGCGAAUCCGGAUACUCCCAACGUUUCUGGAGAAAGCCCUUUGUAUUGGGCCAGUAUUAAUAAUCCAGACGGGAAUAUGGUGGAAUUGUUGUUGGAGCACGGAGCAGAUAAGACAGGGCGUCAGAAAUGGGUUUCAGGGAACGAUAUGCCGGAUGUUCCAACUGUUUUGUGUUAUCGAUAG